AAAAAAAAAAACAUAUGUUACAUUAAAUUAUGUUAUGGAUUGAACUCUCAAAUAAAAAUUUCAAUUUAAUAUUCGCCAAACUAUAUAAAAAGUCAAUUAAGUGCAAGUCUUGAGGAUCAGUUGCCACAAUCACAAUUUAUUUACCUUCCUAUUAACAUGGCUAUUACUAUGUUUUUUUUGCCAUAUAACUCAUCCCACAUAAUUAACAAAAAAAUUAAUCAAAUUAAAAAAAAAUUAAAAAAAAAAUUAAAAAAGAUUAAAUCAAAAAGAAGAUGAAGAGAGAGAGAGAUUUCGAAGAUGAAAGCUCCCAAUUUGAUCCAAACACAACCUUUGGCACUCGCUCUAAAAAUUCUUUCUCCACCACCAUUAAUAACAACAACAACAACAACAACAACAACAACAACAACAACAACAACAACAACAACGACGACAGUAAUAUAAUCCCGAUUCCCAAUAAUCCCACUAAAAGCACGACAAUUAUCGAAGACGACGAAAACAACAACAGCAACAACAGCAACAGCAACAACAACAACAAUAAUAAAGAGCAAGACCGUUUCCUCCCGAUAGCCAAUGUGGGCCGGAUCAUGAAAAAGGUCAUCCCCGGAAACGGGAAAAUCUCGAAAGACGCAAAGGAGACCGUCCAGGAAUGCGUGUCGGAGUUCAUUAGCUUCGUUACGGGCGAGGCGUCGGAGAAAUGCCAGCGCGAGAAGAGGAAGACGAUCAACGGCGACGAUGUUCUUUGGGCGAUCAUGACCCUCGGUUUCGAAGACUACGUCAACCCGCUCAAGCUAUACCUCGCGAAGUACCGCGAGAUCGAAGGGGAGAAACUCAACGUACCGAAACAACAACGCAUGGAGCAACAACAACAACAACAACCGAUGCAGCACGACCCGCAAAAGACGUAUAGUUCGACAAAUAUGAUGUCGCAACAAUCGUUCUCAUCGGGCGGCGAUCCGUCUUUCCCGUUGCCUUUCUCGCAAAAUUCUUUGCCUCCUCACGCUUUCGACCCGAAUUGGUAACGAAAAAUAAAUGAAUAUGAUUUUUUUAUUUUUUACUUUUUUGUUGAGUUAUGUAAUAUAGUCCAUAAUCGAUUCUUUAUUUACUUUUUCCCCAUAAAUUAAGACAUACCAAAUUCUUGGCGU